GUGUUGCUCCUGUUUGAGAUCAUGGAAAACAGAAACCAUACCUCAGAUUUCAUUCUUCUAGGACUCUUUAACCAUACAGAAGCCCACUUCUUCCUCUUUGUGAUGAUGCUGGCAGUUGUCUUCAUCUCCCUGAUGGUCAAUGCCCUCAUGCUCUUUCUGAUCCACUGGGACCACCGCCUGCACAAACCCAUGUACUUUCUACUGAGCCAGCUCUCCCUCAUGGACAUCAUACUGGUUUUCACCAUUGUGCCCAAAAUGGCAGCCGACUACCUGACUGGAGUGAAGUUCAUCUCCCUUGCUGGCUGUGGGCUGCAGAUCUUCCUCUUCCUCACCCUGGGUGGUGGAGAGUGCUUUCUCCUGGCAGCCAUGUCCUAUGACCGCUAUGUGGCUGUAUGUCACCCACUGCGAUAUCCCAUCCUCAUGAGCUGGCAGGUGUGCCUGAGAAUGAUUUUGGGGUCUUGGCUUCUGGGAGCAGCUGAUGGGCUCAUGCAGGCUGCUGCUGCCCUGAGCUUCCCAUACUGCAAAUCACAUGAGAUGGAUCAUUUCUUCUGUGAGGCCCCCAUGCUGGUGCGCCUGGCUUGUGCUGACACAUCUGUCUUUGAGUCUGCCAUGUACAUCUGCUGUGUGUUAAUGCUUGUGGUCCCGAUCUCCUUGAUCCUGACCUCCUAUGGUCUCAUCCUAGCUGCCGUUCUCCGCAUGCGAUCCACAGAAGCCCGCAAGAAGGCUUUUGCCACCUGCUCAUCACAUUUGGCUGUGGUAGGACUCUUUUAUGGAGCUACCACUUUUAUUUAUAUGAGACCCAAAUCAUACACAUCAGCUAACCACGACAAGAUUGUGUCAACUUUCUACACGAUAUUCACGCCUGCACUGAACCCCCUCAUCUACAGCCUGAGGAACAGUGAUGUGAAGGGAGCUUUCACAAAGUGCAUGGGUCAAUGUGUUGCCUUAAAUCGUAACUAG